UGGUAUUAAAUCAAUACCAUCAACGCCACAUGUCUCCUCUAAGCUGAUCUACAUCAUAGAGUUUGCCGAGUUGAUUCUUCCGAUCUUUUUGAUUCGCAUCACGGUAUUGCAUGGCCCUGCAGUAUCUUUGCUGCAGUGGUUCCUCGGUUAAUAAGGCCAAAAUAUUAACGUUUGUUGUUGGGUUCAAUUCUAUUGUCUAUGAACUUACCGAUAUUGAGGCGACGUUACUGUCUUUGUUUGAUUUAUCGAACUUGUUUGUUUCUGUUGGGGACAUUCUUAAUAUAUACAAUGCGAACGUUAAUAGCAUUUGAAGCGGAAUAUGGAUAGCAACCGGAGCACAUUAUUGAACAAUUGUUGUGAUUUAGUUGACUGAGAGCGUACAGUG